AUUCUCUGAUUCUCUGAUUCCUAACCGUAUCAUAUCCUGUAUCCUCAUUCGCCGCCGACAUGAGCAACGAGUAUCGGCAGUUGUGGAACCCGGAAACGGUGCUGUCAAUCCCACUGAAGAAGACUGAUCCGGUGGAGCUGUACUUGCCGUUACGUAACUUGGUAGCCUCAAAAUACUCCGAGAGCGAUGCACACAAAGUUGAGAGCGUUCUGCAAACUCUAAACAAAUGCCGCAGGGACAUGGUGGAGCGCAGAGGGGACCUCUCCCUUCCCAUGCAACGUGACUGCCUCCUCCACUACUUCAAAUGCCUUUCCAUGGUUGAGUCACUCGUCACCUCUCUCUCCUCCGACGCCGAUCCCAUCAUCUUUGUCUGGUACGAUGCCUUCAACCCUGAGCAUGAGGACGGGGUCUCCUCACAGCGUAACGGCAUCCAAUUGGAGAGGGCCGCUGUUGUCUUCAACCUUGGAGCCAUCUGCAGCCAGAUUGCUGCCUCUUGUGACCGUACCACCGCCCUUGGCCGUCACCUUGCAAUGGAAGCCUUCAAAGUUGCCGCCAAUUUCUUCUUCCAACUCUGGAAGACUUUCGCUCCCAAGAACGUGGUCUACGCCACCCUCGAUUUGACUCGCCUCUUCGCGGAGUUUCUGCACCACGUCUUCUCCGCUCAGGCUUCCGAGCUCGAAUUACAGCAAGAACUGAACAACAACGACGCCAGUUACGCUCUCCAACAACACCGAUGUGCCCUAGCAUUUUCAUCGGUUUAUAAGCUUUAUGACAGAGCAUAUGCACUGAUACCUCCUGAUUCGGCUGCACGGAAACAUGUCGACUCUUUUGACCAAACCUGGGUAACUCAUCUUUACCAGAAGGUGACAUUCUUUCAGGAGGAGGCUCGUCAGAGGCAAUCAUCCAUCCUACCCGAAUCCGAGCGACCUGCUUUUUACUCACCGGUCCAAUCUUGUGCUCUUGAUCAUGAUGCAGAAUGUGUCACUGAGAUAUUAGUUAGAGGAAUUUGCAGGCGCUGGAUAUUAGGUUGCGCGAAAUUCAACCUACAACAAAAAUACGUUGACCUCAUCCUCUCGGAGUACAAUCCUUUCAAGCUUAUGAAGGAUGGAAAGCUGGUGGCUUACCCAUGGGACAUGCCUCCUCCUUAUCCAACAGAUUCGGCAAUCCUCUCAUCUUCAGUGACUUCUUCAUCGUUGUCAGAUAUUCUUGCAUUCCUUCCUUUGAAGAAGACUGAGCCCUUGAAUCUCUAUGAGUCCCUGCGCAGUUACUUUGUCCUCAAAUACUCUGAGAACGUGGCAAAGAGAGUAGAAGGCCUCCUCCAAAUGCUACACAAAUUGCGCAAUCAGAUGCUGCGUGAAGACCUUUCGCUACCCCUUCGCCGCGACUGUCUCAUCCAUUAUUUCAAAUGCCUUUGCAUGAUUGAGCCUUUCUUCCCUAUGAAUGCCUCACCCAACCCACCUAUCUUUGUUUGGUACAAUGCCAUCAUCCCGCAACAUGACUCUUCUCAGCAUAACAUCCAUUUGGAGAAGGCCUCUGUUCUCUUCAACCUAGCAUCCCUCUGCACCCACAUUGCUCUCUCCUGCGAUCUCACCACCAUCCAAGGCCAUUGCCUUGCCGUGGACGCCUUAAAUGAUGCUUUAAAUUGGUUCUCUGUACUGCGGUUUGAGUCUAAGAAGGCAUGUGGCACGAUGGACUUGUCAGAACGAUACAUCCAUACGAGAAACAAUGAGAUUGUCAACUUGAAAUUCGAGUUUCCUCGUCCUCAAUGUGAUGUAUCAUCAUCACCUGGAUAUCCUGCUGCAGCUUUUGAUCCGUUGAUAUAUGGGACUUUAGCUAAGAUUCUUGUUCACUCCACGGCACCUCAAUAUCUUGGGGCGAAUAUGAAAACCUGCCCGAGUGACGUCACCGGACAAUUUCUUUUAGGGUAUUGUAAGGCUCACUCCCUGCUUCAAGGGGUAUGUGAAGCACCAUGCUUGGACCUGCUCUCUGAGGAUAGCCCUGUCAAGAUUAAGGAUGGAAAUCUUGUGGCCAAUGCAACCUUAGAGGCGGCAUUGGAGAACAUGAGCUUGCAGGAGACACAACAGUAACAUUACCGUAGAGAAAAACUAAACAAGAUUUAGGAAUGAACUUCUUUACUUUUUUAAAUUGGAUAUUGGAAUUUUGUUUGUUGAUGCUAGAACUCUUCUUGUGAAAUAUUAUCCUCGUGAUUUUGUUUGUUGAUAUGUGUAUAUAUUUCUUCUUAUUCGUCGACAA